AAGCAUUACACUUUCCAUGGCAGCUGUGGUGACAUGCAACAACGAGAUCAAGCGAUGCCGCCAGACCCGGGAUUGGCCGAAAGCGCUUUGGCUGCUGAACAACCUGAAAGGAGGCCAGCUGAGAGCAGACGUCAUCGUCUUCAGCACUGCCAUGAGUGUGUGCGAACGGGCCUGCCGCUGGGCAGAAGCGAUGCAGCUCUUGGGCGACCUCGUGUCAGGCCAUCUGGAAGCUGACGUCAUCGUUUGUAACACCUGCAUCAGCGCAUGUGCAAACAGCGCCCAGUGGGAACUGGGCCUGUCCUUGCUGGAGGAGGUCACGAGAUCCUUGCAGCCCAGCGUUGUGACCUACAGCGCUGCCAUUAGUGCCUGCGAGAAAGCUGCGCAGUGGCAGCAUGCCCUACAUCUGCUGGGGGAGGUGAGCAGCAGCGAGAUACGGCCAAACGUCAUCACCUGUAGCGCUGCCAUCAGCUCCUUGGAGAAAGCCUCGGAGUGGCAGCUCGCUUUGGAGACCUUGCAGGAGAUGGAGGUGAUGCUCGUGACGCCCAAUGUGAUCAGCUUCAACUCCAGCAUCAGCGCCUGCGAAAAAGCCACGGCCUGGCAGCAGGCCCUGUGCCUCGCUUUCCUGGCGCCUCGCCCGGACGUGGUGACGUACAGUGCUGCCUGCACUGCUUGCGCCAAUGGCACCGCUUGGCAGCGUGCUUUGCAGCUGCUAAGGCUCGCGGAAGAGGAUCUCUCCCCCGACCUCGUCAUGUACAAUGCCGGGCUGAGCGCUUGUGGGCAAGCCAGCCAGUGGGAGGCAGCGCUCAGUCUGCUCUCUCGCGUGAGGUCGCCGGACCUGAUCUCCUUCAACGCGGUGAUCACUGCCUGCGAGAGGGCGGCGCAAUGGGCACAGGCCCUGGAGCUCCUGCGCCGCGCCCGCCGCCGCUUCUCCGGCGCCAACGCCGUGGGCGCCUGCGCCGCGAUCAGCGCCUGCGGGCGGGCGCGCAGCUGGCGCCCGGCGGUGGCGCUGCUGCUCGAUCUCAUCUCCGCCUCUGUGGCCUCGCACGUCGCCUUCAACGCGGCGGUCUCCGCCUGCGAAAAGGCCGGGCAGUGGCGGGUGGCGCUGGGCCUGCUGCAGCGCAUGCCCAAAGAGAUGCCGCCGGACCUGGUGACCUACGGCGCAGUGCUGGGCGCCUUGUCCGCGGCCGCGCGCUGGGCCUCCGCCCUCCACGUCUUGGUCUCGAUGCGGAUGGCGCCGGACCGCCUGUGCCUGGCCACGGCGCUCACCGCCUGCCAGCGCGCCAGCCGCUGGCAGUGUGCUCUGGCGCUGACAGGCGGCCGAGAGCUGCGCAGCGACUGCGUGGCGUUGGCGCAGGCGGCGGAGAGCUGCGAAGCGGCCGCAGCUCGCCAGUGCCCAGCUGGCGGCGGGGCUGGUGCCAUGGUGCGGCUGCUGGGGCAGCUGCAGGAGCUUGGCUGCGCGGAGCUGGAACAUUCUGCAUGAGUUGUCUAGGUCCCCCAGCUAGGUGC